GCUUCGACCAUUUUCUGUCAGAGACUGUUCCGCGCGAACCGACUCAUGAAAGCCCAGAAACAGAGUUACGAAGACUUAAAGUGUUCGACAAUUUUAAUUCAAAGACUAUUUCGCGCGAAUAGACUUAUGAGAGAAGAGAAGAGUAAAUACGAAACAUUGAAAUCAACCACUAUUUUCUGUCAGCGACUCUUCCGCGCCAAUCGUCUCAUGAAGAUUGAGGCGCAAAGAUAUACGGAAUUAAAGGCAUCAGUGGUUAGGAUUCAAAGCAUAUUCAGAGCGAAUCGACUCAUGAAAAUUGAGAGACAAAGAUAUGAAAACUUGAAGUCGUCUGUGGUUUUCAUUCAACAACUUUUCCGCGCGAAGCGACUCAUGAAAGGAGAGAAACGAAAAUACGAAUCACUGAAGUCAUCGACUAUUGUCUGUCAAAGACUAUUCCGCGCCAAUAAACUCGCGAGAAUUGAGAGACAAAGAUAUAAUUUACUGAAGGCUUCGACCAUUUUCUGUCAGAGACUGUUCCGCGCGAACCGACUCAUGAAUGUUCAGAAACAGAGAUAUGAAGAGUUAAAGUCCGCAACAAUUGUGAUCCAAAGACUAUUUCGGGCGAAUAGACUCAUGAAGAUUGAGAGACAACGAUAUGAAAAACUCAAAUUUUAUACAGUUUUAAUUCAGCGCACAUUUCGGGCAAACUUUGAAAAUAUUCGGUCGCGAAGGGCUGCUAUAAGAAUACAGGUAUAA